UGGACUUUAGAUUCCUCCUUCGCCGGAAUAUUCCAUAUAUACGUAAGAGAUACUGAAAUCGCCGAUGAUGGACGGUUCGAUUCCGACUGAGAACGGCUCCGUUUCCAGUGAUCGUGAUGGAUCGGCUCUUAUAUUCCUCGGAACGGGAUGUUCAAGCGCGGUACCUAACGCAAUGUGCUUGAUCCAGCAAUCUGAUAGUCCCUGCUAUGUUUGUUCCCAGUCUCUUUCGAUUCCUCCUGAGCGAAAUCCUAAUUACAGGGGGAAUACUUCACUGCUCAUUGAUUAUUGCCAAAGUGAUGGCAAACAUAAAUACAUUCAAAUCGAUGUUGGCAAGACUUUCAGGGAACAAGUCCUUCGUUGGUUUACUCUUCACAAGAUUCCUCAAGUUGAUUCUAUAAUUUUGACUCAUGAACAUGCUGAUGCAGUACUUGGCCUGGAUGAUAUACGUUCAGUGCAACCAUUUAGUCCUACGAAUGAUAUUGAUCCUACUCCAAUUUUUGUAAGCCAGUACGCUAUGGACAGCCUUGCUGUGAAGUUCCCGUAUUUGGUUCAGAAGAAACUUAAAGAAGGCCAAGAAGUUAGGCGAGUAGCACAGCUGGAUUGGAGAAUAAUUGAAGAAAAUUGUGAGAAGCCAUUUGUUGCUUCAGGCUUAUCAUUCACGCCACUUCCAGUGAUGCAUGGAGAAGACUAUGUAUGUCUUGGUUUCCUUUUUGGUGAAAAAUCAAGAGUGGCGUAUAUAUCCGAUGUAUCACGGUUUCCUCCAAACACCGAGUAUGCUAUAUCAAAAUCUGGUGGUGGACAAUUGGAUCUCCUUAUCGUGGAUACGUUAUAUAAGACAGGAUCCCACAACACCCACUUAUGUUUCCCGCAGACAUUAGACACAAUCAAAAGACUGAGUCCAAAAAGGGCUCUUCUAAUCGGAAUGACUCACGAGUUUGAUCAUCACAAGGACAACGAGUUUCUUGAAGAAUGGUCUAAAAGGGAAGGGAUUUCAGUAAAACUCGCUCAUGAUGGCUUGAGAGUCCCAAUAGACCUAUGAAGAGGUCUUCUUGUGUUCAGAUAGAGAGAUAGAGAGCGGAGUGAAACGGUUUUGUUCAAGAUGCAUAAUGCUCACAUGGCUUCAUAUCAACAUUAUCACUAAAGUUUUAUUUUUGUG